UGAUCGUCUUCCGAUUCGCAAGUAUCGAGAUCAAAUUCUAUACUGUUUGGAACAGUAUCAAACAUUGGUGUUGGUUGGAGAAACUGGCAGCGGUAAAUCGACUCAAGUACCCCAGAUCAACAACUGGCAAUUGAUCGUAUAGAAACGAAAUCGCGAUACAACUACAAUUAUAUCGUUAUAACUCACGCACAUUUUUUUUUUUUAUCAAACCAUUGUCUUCAAUUGCAACAAAACGCAGCACAUAAUUCGAUGGAAAUAGAAUUUUAGUUUCAAAACGAUCAUCAAACGAAAUAAGUGACGUGCAUUUCAAAUUAUUAAAUUUAUGUAAAAAGAAAACAAAAAGACAAACGAUAAUCGAAUAAGUAAACACACACAACACAGUAAAAAUGAUUGGACCGAGUUCGUGUAUAAGCAAAAUAUUGCUGACUGUAUUCUUCUUUCUGGUCAUUUGGUACAUUUACAUGGAUGUGAAUUUAUAUUUGCGCAUUCAAAAUUAUCCUAUUGAACGUAACUAUCAUUUCAAUGAAACUGUCGACAUAUCAUCGAAUGAUGCAAGUCACCAAUCAACCUCAACAUUGUCAGCGGCGGCAAUUGGUGAACCACAACAUAUUGACACAGUGCUGAAGCAACCGGUGACAUAUGAUGAUGUUGCAUGGUUUUCAUGUGACAUCGAUCCACUAUGCCAUGUAACUGUCAAAGCAAUUUUACUUGACCACACAAACCACUAUCUAUUUGCACCAAUGGCCACAGUUUUUGACAAUAUCAUUGGUUUUUCACGUUCAAAAUUCAUAACAGCGAAUAUGAUAUCAUUUUUUCAUGUGUUUGUUGCCAUUUUGGCGGGUCGGUUUAUUGCAUCGGAUAGUUUAUGCUAUCGUCGCAUUGGUGUGGUUUUGUUCCAAUUUCGUACAUUUUUAGACGACUUAGAUGGGCAUGUGGCACGUCAAAAGAAAAACAUACGCGGUGAACGAUCGGAAAUCGGAACGGCCGGGUAUUACAUUGAUGGUUUAUGCGAUGGUCUUGGUUGCAUUGCACUUAUGAUUGGUGUAUUUAUGUUUUUGCGAAAUAAUCCACCGCGACGUGGUUAUACACAAUUGCAAGCAAUACUACCGACAACAAAUGAAACGGCCAAAACAUCAUCGGAAACUGGCGUUACGUACAAAAUAAAAGUGACCACAAAAAAAGUCGCACGAAAAAUUGUUUGCUUUUCCGGUCAAUUGCUGCUCAGUUCAACGGGAUGGAAUCGAUAUAUUGCCUUGUAUCAAGAUAUGCUCGAACGAAACGAUGUCGCUCCAACACAAUAUCGGCGACAAAAUAUUAUUAUGAAAUCGAAAUGGUUCUUUAGCAUCGCAUGGCUGUGGCGAGUUUUCAAUGUACAUGCCCUAUUGCAUUGUUUGUUGUUGAGCAUUUUUUGCGAUAAACUUUGGGAAUUCUUGCGAAUGAUACAAUACAUUGGUUUUGUUGUGCUAUUGGUCAUCAUUUGUGCCACCGAAAUGCACGUACUCGAAGUGGAAUCGUUCAUUUUUACAACGCUCACCGGCAACAACACCGCAUUGUGAUUGAACAAUUCACCCAUUGAUUAUUAUUAAAACAUAGAUAGUAUUGUUAAUGAAUGAAAAGAGAGUUAAUUCUAGUAUUGAAGUCUGCUUUGUCGUUGCUGUUUAUAUUAAUUAACUUUUAUUUGCUACAUUCCAAGCUUUUUGUCGCAAGUGUAUUUUGAGAGAAAAAAUGUCUAACUACGUCUAUAGCUGUAAUUAUUGUUUACAUUCAUAAGUAUUUUUUCUUUUUUUUUUCUGUUUUAGUAAUAGAUCUGAUUAACUUUGAUAUAAAAAAAAACGAUUCAGUGACUAACACGAAUGAAUUAGUUGUACAAAAAUUGAAAGAGAGAAAAGAAAUUUAUACAAAACAAAGCAUAUUGCAAUGCAUACUCAAUUCAGAUCUAUAUCCGUACAAAAAAAAAAACACACAAAAAAAACCAUAGCAAAUAACACUACAUCUAUUACUUCAAAUUGCUACUGAUAUUUCGGUCCCGAUUUAUAAAUGUAUAUAAAAUAAUUGAGUCUCAAUGUGAUGGCGAAAAAAAAUCUAAAUAUUUUUAUAAAAUAGGAAAAUGCUGAAAAGAAAACAAAAUCGAUUCAGAUUGUUGAUUGUGUGUCACACUGAUUGAAUCUCGAUGGAAUAAAUUCAAAUGCCACAACACAUGGAAAUCAACAAAGAUUAAAAAAUAUAUUUUUAUGCAAGUAUUUAAUGAAAACCGACGGACGGAUAAAGCAUUCGGUCAAAUCUGGUAAAUUUUAUCAUAUUCGACCGAUAAUAAUUGCAAAACAAAAUGAAUAUAUUUUAUUAGUUAAAUCUCAACAUAAAAAAAAUAUAUAAAUAAAAAACAAAAACAAAACAAAUGUUCUAAAUGUAUACUAAUAUAGAAAUUUGAUAGCUAAUCCAACUGCAACGAAAGUGCAUUACAAAAAUCACUAGACACAAUGUUGUGUAAAUAAAAAAGUGUUUUAUUCAAA